AUGCUGAAUGAUGAUGCUGAUGAAAAUAAUCUUCUUGACGAUUUAGUGAUGAGAGUUGUCACAAACAGAAAAUGUGGAGGCUUCAGGAGAAAAUCAUUUUAUCGUUUUGUGAAUGAAGAAGUACCCGAAGACAAUGAUUCUUAUGAUGAUUUUUCAGAAGGAAGAUAUAUGAGUGAGAUGGAAGCGAGAUAUGUUAAUUCUAGAACAUCAAGGCACUCUGCAACAAUUGGUGGUAGCAGUUCCAUGCUUCCAGUAGACAAAAGCGAAGAACGUGCUGGUACUCAAAUUUUUGAAAAUGAGUUGAAAGCUAAUAGCCAAGAAAUGUCAGAAAAGGCUCUCAAAGAAGCAUCAAUAAGACAACGAGUAAGAGACACCUUAUCUUCUGCAGGAUAUCACCAAGCUGUAUUUGAUAAAGAUGACAUCAAUGCUUGCGAGAAAUUUAUUGCAAACCAUUCUGAACAUCGUCGAUUAGAGGCCGGUCAACAACCCCUGACGCCUCCAUAUGCCGAUUCCCAUUCCGGGGGUACAUUGGGCGCUGGAACAGGCAGCGAGUCCUUAGCUGCCACUGGAAUUGCUCCCCAAGGAGGUCCUGGGCCGACUGUUAUCGAAGGACACAGACAUCGGAGGAGAUCAAGGGGCGCUUUGUCGGUGCCACAGGCUCCUAUGCCAGAUGCUUGCGAAUGUUUAUAUACUGGCAGCAUAAAUGGCUCUUUGCUCAUGGUGCAAGUGGAGACUACGAGCAGUUCUGAAAGCAUUGAUGAUGGUGAUGUCUCUCCUCCAGAAAACUUGUUUACAGACACUGGACAUGCAGCAAUUCCACCUGGAAUAAGACGCGUCGUGACUCAAGAGGCUCUCCUGGAGCAGCAACUUCUGCAGCAGCAGAUGCUACAGCAGCAGGUGCAGCAACAACAACGGCAAUUGGCUGCCAUGCAACGGCAGCUGCAGAAGCAACGCAGAAUAGCAGCUGAGUUACAACGAGAACGUGAUCAGCAGGAACAGAAAAAAAAGCUGCAACAGCAACAAACAGUAAAUCGUGGUGGUGAAGACAAACAAAAUUUAAUACAAAUACAGCAUGGAGCCUUGCAGCAGGAACAAUUGCGUUUGAUGCAGCAACAAAAGCAAUUGCAGAUGAUGCAAGAUAGACAACAAAAAGAGCAAGAGGAGCAGUUAGCGAGGGAGAAGAAGCGUUUGGAAGAAAUGCAACAGGAAAGGCAACAGCGAUUAGAGAAGUUGGAACAAGAGCGUUUAAAUUGCCGAGAAGAGUUGGAGGAAAAGCGUCGUCGAAGGCAAGAAAAGGAACAAGAAGAAGCAGCAGAUGAAAAGAGGAGAUUACUGCAGCAACAACACGAUCAACAAAAACAGCAGCCUAUUUUACCCAGGAGGUCUGGGGGAGCAGCAAUAGAUGAUGAACAAAUCCGGACUUUUAAACAGUUUCAGGAACAACUAAAGAUUCAGAGAGAACUAUUGGAUAAACAGAGGGAAGAAUUAGAAAAUUUAGCUCGACAGCGAACUGCUCUAGAAGAGGACAAAAUCAAGCAGCUGCAGGAGUUGGAUAAUCUAGAACACCAAGAGAAAAUGGAGUUGGAGCUGAUAGAACAACAACAGUUGCAGCUAGAGCAACAGCAGGCUAUGGAGUAUCAGGUGGAACAGAGACAAUUGGAAAUGUCGCAGAACCAACACUUGCAGAAGAUCAGUCUUCCCAAUCAGAAAUAUAUGCCUAAUGGAGAUUCUUUCACUCGAUUGUGUACAAAUCCUACAACGGUUGUCAUCAAACUACCACCUGGUUUGGCUGGAACUAAGUACCACAAACACACAAAGCAUGAGACUGUGAAGGGUGCAGUUCCUUACCAUAAACAUAUUAACAUUCAAGAGCCUCUCCAUAGAGAAGAUUUAGAUGAAGAAAUUCAAGAAGCUGAAAAACCUAAGAUGACUGAGUCAGGCAGUUCUCCAGAGCCUCUUGAACUACCAAAAGAUACAUCAAGUCAGACACCAGCACCACCUAAACAACAAGCUGGAUUCAACUCUCCAAUGCUUCAUGUACUGGCUCCUGCCUUACCAGGAGCAGGCAAUGUUGCCUCUCCGACUUCGCGAACGCCAGAAAGUGCAGAAAUGAAGGCACAUGAAAUGCUGACUGAAAUUAACCAACAACUUCGUCAAUAUCCGCAGCAACAGUCUCAACAACAAAGUGUACAACAGCAACACAUGCAAUAUGAAUUACAACAACAGUAUUUACAACACGAAAUACAACAACAGCAGCAUUUACAACAUGAGUUACUACAGCAACAACAGCAAAUACAAGAAUUACAGCACCAACAGCAACUACAAGAAUUACAGCAUCAACAGCAACUACAAACUCAUGAACCGCAAUCGAAUCAACAGCAGAACAUUCAGCAGCAUACACAUGUUCAAAAUGAACAGCAUAAUUUUCAGCAGCAAGCACCUGUUCAAAAUGAACAGCAUAAUAUUCAGCAGCAAGCACCUGUUCAAAAUCAACAGCAUAAUAUUCAGCAUCAAGCACCUGUUCAAAAUCAACAGCAUAAUAUUCAGCAUCAAGCACCUGUUCAAAAUCAACAGCAUAACAUUCAGCAGCAGGCACCUGUUCAAAAUCAACAGCAUAAUAUUCAGCAUCAAACACCUGUUCAAAAUCAACAACAUAAUAUUCAGCAGCAAGCACCUGUUCAAAAUCAACAGCAUAACAUUCAGCAGCAAGCACCUGUUCAAAAUCAGCAGCAUAACAUUCAGCAGCAAGCACCUGUUCAAAAUCAACAGCAUAACAUUCAGCAGCAAGCACCUGUUCAAUAUCAACAGCUUAACAUUCAGCAGCAUGCACCUGUUCAAAAUCAACAGCAUAACAUUCAGCAGCAAGCACCUGUUCAAAAUCAACAGCAUAACAUUCAGCAGCAAGCACCUGUUCAAAAUCAACAGCAUAACAUUCAGCAGCAAGCACCUCAUAACAUUCAACAGCAAGCACCUGUUCAAAAUCAACAGCAUAACGUUCAACAGCAAGCACCUGUUCAAGAUCAACAGUGCCAACAGCAACAACCUUAUCAGCAGCGACAACAGCUUCGACAACUUCAGCAAUACCAAAAUCAGCAAGUUCAUCAGCAGUCGCAGGGUCAAAAUGUGCAACCAGUAAUGGAGAUAAAUCAACAGUUUCAGGAUGCUCAUAACAAUGCACAAAAGGAACAUAAGUUAACAAAUACCAUGAGAGACAUUCAAAACAAACCCCGAAUUGCAUCAGGUGGAGUAAUCACCGCCACAACAACAAAUCCCACCGUUUUGGUGGUCACUCCUUCAUCUCCUGUCCCACUUCUACAUCUGCUUCCACUUCCAGCACUACCACCUCCUCCAUGUCCACCAUGCCCUCCAUGCCAGCCACCUCUCGGCCGGUGUGGUCUCGGCUGCUGCUUUCCUGGAUCGGCUAAAGGCUGCUGCAAGUUGAUUGGAUGCUGCGGCGUUCUCACUCAGAUGCCGGCGCAGCAAGUAUUACAACAGCAACAAAUGCAGUUGCACGCGCAGCAGCAGCAGCACAGGAUCUCCAGGCAGCAGUAUUUGGAACAACAGCGGAAACAACUUCUACUGCAGCAGGAGAGAAUGCAGCAGCAGUUAGAACAACUUCAAUCUGCUUCUGCGCAUCUUUUAACGCCACUGCUCCAAAUUCCUGUGACAGCUCCUACUCGUGUUCUGGUUCAACAGCCUAAUGAUAAGGUGCAAGAGACAACUUUAACGCCAAUAUCAGGAGAAAGUGCUCCCAUAUACUCGACACUCAUAUACAAAAAAGUAAUGAAUUUGGAUGAUGUUAGUACCUCGAAGAACUCUGCGGGUAAAUAA